AUGAGUGAAAGCGACCUAACGGAGUUUGAGAUGUCCGAACAUGAUCAUGCGCCCGACCAGAUGCUUUAUCUUGGGGAAGACGUUCUCAAAUCCGAUCUCCAGCUUCUAGCCAUGACAACCAAGGAGCAGCUUGAAAAGAGCAAGUUGGAAGCGGACGAGCCCAACGGGAAGAGGCUUGUAUUCUACAAUGCAUCGAUGUCGUCGUCGGACGAUGAAAGAGACGGCGUCUCGCAACUGCACCAGAAUCUGAGCCGGGUGAUGCCCGUGAUCGAGUCUGCGCAUCUUGAAGAAAAUAUCGCAACUCCUCCCGAGGAACCAAUGGAGAUAGAGAAGGAUCAUCCGGAAGACUCACCUGACCAUUUGGAGCAAGGACAAAAAGCAAAAGAAGAGGACCAAAAAGAAGAAGAAGAACAAGAAGAAGAAAAGGGAGCAGUAAUAGCCCCAGAAGAAGAAGAAGAUCUAAGUAAAACUUCGGUGUCUCCACAUCAAGACAUUGACCAGGACGUGAACCUGUCUUUGCCAACGGAGCAGCAAGAGGAAGACCUACUCGAGAAAGAGCAUCCGCUCACGGAGCCAGAGCAGGACCAGGACCAUGACAUGGAAAAACCCCGGACAAUUUCAUACGCAGAAGCAGAAGCGGAAGCAGAGGCGGAGGCAGAGGCAGAGGCAGAGGCAGAGCUGGAUGAUGCAGAUGCAUCUGGCAAGUCGUUAUCUGUUUCAGAACACGAGGAGGACGAACGAGGGAACCACACCGCGAAAGACGCGCAAGAGGAGGACGGGGACGAGGAGGAGGAAGAGGACGAGGAAAAAGACCAUGUAGGAGAAGAAAAAGAAAAAGCAAAAGUACAAGAUUUCGCCGAUAUGGAGUUGCAAAAAAGCAUGGCAGUGGAGGCUCUAACUGAAAUUGAACGAAAAUUCGCCGAGGUUCGAGAUCGACUCUACCAGGACAAGCUCGCGCUUUUGGAGAGGGAACUAGAGCUCUGCCUCGAAGGCUCGCAUCCGGAACUAUCCAAGAUCUACUCCAAAGUCAACGAGAUAUACGAAGAGAGUGUCCGAAUGGCAAACUGCCACUUGAGCCUCACGCUACAAAACAUCAACCGCGAAACAUUGGCCACGCGAACGCAAAUACACCAGGACUUUCUCAAAAACAUCAUGGACUACAAGACCGAUUUGAUCAACUCCACCACGAGCCGAUGGUACAAGAUCAACAAGGAACGCAACCUCAUAGACCAACUCGUGGCCGACUACAACUUUGCCGCCAUCCCAUCGCACGUGCUUUCUGCCGACAAUAGCGCGAUGGGCUUUGCCGAAACAAUGGAGCAUGCUGCCCCGAAAGCAAAGAAGGCCAUAAAGCAGAACGCGAUAGUGGAGUUGGUUCAGCAGCGGAACAAUUUGAACGAGCAAUUGGGGAUAUUGAAUGGAUUGGUUGAGUUCCACGGUUUCCCCUCGGCCAUCAACAGCUCCAACAACCCCGCGGCAAUUGACAUUGACGACCCCGUACCGAAGGAAUUGCUCCUAAGAAAAGCCACCGAUGAUGAGAUCAAAGAGGAUUUGAAGGCAAUGGGCAUACCCGUAUAA